UGUUAUUUGACGGGGCCAUUCAUGCACGAGUCAGAAUUCGAAACCUGGCAGACAGACGCAACCCACCCAUCUUGGCCUGUAGAUCCCAUGCAGCUACAGCGCAUUCCCUCACCAUAUCAAUUUCCCUUGCUAUUCUCGGCGAGCCCUACGCCUACCGGCCAUAACGGUUGGUUUAUCUAUGCUAAGCCGAAUAAGCGCUUACGUAUGUCUUCAUUUUUUCGGCAUGACCCCUUCGGGUCGAUCAAGUCAUUGCAAGAGCCGGGCUCCGCGGGGGACCGGUCAACAAACUAAUGGAAAAGCUCUGGGGCUCCAUGAUACCCUGACGAUCUAAGCCUAUUGUAUAGCUUGCCAGGUCAUUGCUUGAAUAAGAUGGAGUGCGGACCCAGAGGGUCUUUCAUCCUCCAGGGCAAUUUUUCACGCGAUGACUGAAUCCCAAAAUAUGUCCUACAGAAACUUAUCCAGUUUAGACGUCUCGGAUAGGACAGGUCUCCCCGACUUCGAGUUACACAAUGUGCCUGUGGCACCGCCAUAUACAGCCACUGCAUCGGCCCCUGCAGCUGCAGGAGCAGCAGAAACAGCACAGAAAGCAACUGUUGCAAAAGGCGCCGGAGGACCGUGGUAUGACCCGCGCUCAUGGUCAGUGUUAACGAAAUCCCUCGUCGCCGGGGGUCUGGUGGUUAUCAUUGUUGCGCUCGUCGUGGGCAUCUAUGAGGGCACGAAACCAUCCUCAUACCCCGACUACUCUGCCCUGAGCUAUAAGCUCGCAGACACAUACUCGGGCUCUUCAUUCUUUGAUGAGUUCGAAUACUACACAGCCACCGACACAACAGACGGAUUCGUAGACUACGUCGACAGCACCACCGCCUCAUCAAUGAACCUAACCUACGCCUCCAGCUCCCGCGCCGUCCUGCGCGUCGACACCAGCACCUCCAACCAAACCAGCGGCCGGAAAUCCGUGCGCAUCACCUCCAAGAAAACCUACAACGACGGGCUCUUCAUCUUCGACAUCACCCACACGCCCUACGGAUGCGCUACCUGGCCCGCCCUCUGGCUCACCGACCCAUCCAACUGGCCCGAACACGGCGAAAUCGACGUGCUAGAAUCCAACAACAAAGCCACCCACGGCAACGCCAUGACCCUCCACACCUCAAGCGGAUGCAAAAUGAACGUGAAACGGAAAGAGACCGGCACAGCCAAAUACACCAACUGCCUUAACACCGCCAACGACAACGCCGGUUGCAGCGUAACAGGCGCAAAAGCAACCUACGGCGAGAAAUUCAAUACUAACGGUGGCGGCAUAUACGCCAUGGAACUCCGCCCCGCCGGCAUCCGCGUGUGGAUGUUCUCCCGCGACUCCAUCCCCAACGACAUCUCAAACAGCAGCAACACUCCCGACCCAUCGAGCUGGGGCGAAGCACUCGCCGACUUCCCCAACACGAACUGCGACAUCAGCUCGCAUUUCAAGAACCAGAGUAUUAUCGUCAAUAUUGAUAUCUGUGGUGAUUUGGCGGGUGCGAGCACUUACUACACGGAUCUGUAUGAUUGUCCGUCGACAUGCACGAAGUGGGCGGCGGAGAACGGGGCCAACUUUACCAAUGCGUAUUGGGAGUUUAAGAGCUUUAAGGUUUAUCAGACGAGUAGUAGUGGGAAUAGUUCGAGUGCUAGUACUAGUACGGUGGCCGGGGCGUCGUCGACGGCGGGGUGGUAUGGGAGUGCGACGAGUUCUGCUACGACGACGGCGGAUGGGGCGGGGAGUACGACGGGUCAGGACGGAGGGGAGGGAAGUCAGAGUGGUGGGCAGGAUGGGCAGACGGGGAGUCAGGGGGGUGGAGGGCAGGAGGGAGGGAGUAGUAGUAGUGGAAGUCAGAAGGAGCAGGGGGGUCAGGGAGGGUAUUAA